UUGUUGGUAGAGAGAGAUGUGAAGGUACAUAUAAAGGGAAACUAAAAUUGUAUGAGAGGGAGGCUUAAUUAGAAGGGUUUGUUGUAAAUUUGUAAUAUAUGUGAGAGAUAUGCUUAUAUUUCUUCCCCAUGGUGGUGAUGUUACAACCCACAUAUUUUACUUUGCCUUCUCAAUUCCCUUUCUUCACAAGGCAUCUAUAUAUAUAAAUUUCACUUCUCUUCCAUUUCUAUGCCAUUCAUCAACUUUCUUCCUUUGCUUUCUUCUAAAUCUCAUAGCUCUCAAUAAAAUUGGAGAUGUCCCAAGUAAAAGUAGUUCCUAUAAAGAGUGAUGAUAUCAAAGAGAGGUUUUGCAACAAACCUAAGGUUAUCAUCAAAGAAAACACAACUACAAGGCCACAUGACUUCAAAUUGCACACUGAACAAAGGGCCAUCAAACGUGCAAUGUUCAACUACUCGGUAGCAACAAAAUUAUUUGUGAUAGAACAGCAGAAGAAACAAGAAGAACAAUUGCAGAAGAUAAUAGAAGAGGAAGAGAUUCGUUUGCUAAGAAAAGAAAUGAUUCCCAAAGCUCAAUUAAUGCCUUUCUUUGACAAACCCUUCUCUCCUCAAAGAUCAAAAAGACCCUUAACAAUUCCUAGAGAGCCAAGUUUCCAUAUCACAAGCUGCUUUUCCAACACUGAAAUCAAAUUCUCCCCACAAAAUCAAGUUUGAGCCUCACAAUGGGAUGAAUCAAAAGUAUAAUAUAUAUAUAUAUGGCUUAAAUUUUGGUCGAUUACUUAUAAAAUCGAGAUGUUGAUGCAUGGCUGCUCGAGAUAUGUUUAAGUGAGAUAAUUGUAUUUUAGGGGCGGUUUUUUUUAUUUGAUAGGAUUUCAAAUAAUUAAAACUGGUUGUAACCUAGAACUUGAGUAUAGCUCACCUAAUUAAG